GGACCUUGACCGGUUGUUGUUGUUUUUCAGUAGCGCGCUCCACACACCUCGCGCUUGGUGGUCCUGAUCGGACGCAAAAAUGAGUCUUCCGAUGAAAUUCUGGACCAUGGUGGUAAACAUUCUUUGUAUACCAAUGCAUGUGAUCAAUGCGGUCGGGCUUUAUGAAGGAUAUAAACGCAUCAUGCCUAUUUUCCUCAAACGCUUCUCUGUAAUGUACAAUAAAAAAAUGCACGAAAGGAAAGCGGAGUUGUUUCGCAGCCUGUCCGAGUACAUCAAGCCUGGUGGGAAGCUCACUAUUCUGGAAAUCGGCUGCGGCACUGGAACAAAUUUUGAGUUCUACCCGCCAGGCUGCAAGGUGAUCUGCACCGAUCCGAACCCGCAUUUCCAAAAGUAUCUGGACACAAGCAUGAAGCAGAACGACCACCUCACCUAUGACCGAUUCGUGGUGAUCUCGGGUGAGGACAUGGCUUCAGUAGGGGACGAGUCGGUGGACGUCGUUGCGUGCACCCUGGUGCUCUGCUCGGUCCGAGACAUCCCGCAAACCCUGAGAGAGGUGCUGCGCAUCCUGCGACCAGGUGGUGCUUUCUUCUUCUUGGAGCAUGUGGUUGCAGAUCCCUCAACAUGGUCAUACUUCUUCCAGCAUGUCCUCCAGCCUGCAUGGUACUACUUUGGGGAUGGAUGCGAGGUUACCCGGGCAACCUGGAAAUACUUGGAGGAAGCUGGAUUCUCCAAGCUCAAACUUCGACACAUUGAAGCACCGCUUGUCUUUAUCGUCAAACCGCACAUCGUAGGCUACGCAGUGAAAUAAGCCACAACUAAUGACUUCUGUAUGUAAAAU